GCUCGUAAACUGCCGAGAGAAAGAGCUAGCAAAGACAGAAACCGAUGAACGGCCGGGCGGCGCAGAGCUGAUGCUGGGCGCUCCGAUGCUGCUCCAGCUACGGGGUGUGUACUGACGAAGAGUUAGGAGAUAGAGACGUUUUGUUUCGGGUAGCUGCUGUUUUUUUUAAAUCUCAUAUUUCUGAAGCAAUGCAGUCCCAGGGCAGCACUUCCUCUCAGCCCUCCUUCGAUUCUCUGAGCUCCAGCGACAGCCUCUUGUUCAGCGACUCGGAGCAGGCGGAGGAAGACACAGAUGUCUUCCUGACAGACGGCUCUUCCUCCGUCAUCAUCAGUGGCGUGGGCGGGGCUGCGGCCACUGAAGACAGAGGAUCGGAGAGUCCCGGGUCCCAGUGGAUGUGUGGCGGCUACACCGAUAAAGAGGAAGAGGAGGAGUCAUACAGGUCGGAGAGCAGCAGCAAGGUGGCUCACAUCAGCUUGGACGAGACGGAUCCUACAGGCCAGAUCCCGAAAUCACAGGGAGACUUGCUGUUUGCUCAAAAGUGUGCUGAGCUACAGGGUUUCGUGAAGCCGCUGCUGGAGCUGCUGAAUGGACUGAAGAGAGGCCGAUUCGACCGUGGUUUGAGUAGUUUCCAGCAGAGCGUUGCCAUGGAUCGAAUCCAAAGGAUCGUCGGGGUUUUACAGAGACCUAACAGCGGGGAGAAGUACCUGAACACCCUGCUCCAGGUGGAGAUGAUGCUGAAGCUUUGGUUUCCUCAGAUCCCUGCUCAGCCUGUCUCCACAGCCUCCAGUGUCACCGCAUCCCCCACUUGUUCCCUCCGAGACACUUCCAGCUCCACUCCGCCACACAAGCACAGGGAUCAGUUACAUAUUCCCGUCAAGAAGCGCAGACUCAGCUGGACAGGUACAGACUCCCCCACGCCUUCCCCUGUGCUUCUCAAGUGUCCUCGCAUCAGUACAGAAGAGAAGAGGGUGAAGCAAGAUUGCGAUGAAAGGGACGUCCCUCCUCCUCCUCCUCCAUCACUGGCAUCUGAUGCAAACCAAAAUUCACCAGAUGUGGCCGGUAACAGCCAGUUAAAUGAGGACCCAAAGGGAAAGGACAGUGACAGCGAGGAACUAGGCAAGCAUUCACAAUACAAAGCAGGUCAAAGCUCUGAGCCGAGCCUCACGUGGGUUCACGUUGCCCCCAUCCUGUCCCCGCGAAAGGCCUGCCCUUCCCACGAGGGCACAUCAGUGGCAGGGAACAAUGAAAACCAGCCCAUUGCCGCUGUCCUCCCACCAGUCAGGCGGGGCAGUCUGGCUACACAAGACAGCUCUAUCUCUUCUACCACACCUCACAAGCACCCCAAAAAUCCGAAGAAGCCAAUCCGGUGCCAAAGCCAGCCUGUUGCCGGACAACAGAGUGAGAGUGAGACCGAGAACAUCUAGACCUGUCAGGGUUAAAAAUCAAUCUCCUCAUGUCACACUCAAGCCUUUGCCAAGAGUGUGCCCCACCCCCUUAGAGACCUGAUGCACUGAACAAGCAAAGAGCCAGCAGCCUUGCUUUGUUACCACCGGGCUAAGAGCUGCUGUGAAAGGAAGAAGGGAAGAGGCUGUGAUUGUGGAUGCAUUAAAGAGAGAAGGGGAGGAAAGUACUGUAGGUGAUGGAUGUUGAAGAAAAAUGAUGGAUCAUACACAAACCCGUUACCAAGACCACAUUUACAACAGUUAUUUCAGACAGGGCGUAAUCUUUAAAAGGAAUCAAACGAGAGUUGCAUAAUUAUCUAGACAUUUGCACAAAAGCAGUUGUGGUUGAGGGGGACAAAAACGUGGAGCACAUAAUGGUUCCUCCUCAACAUGAAAGCAAUCAGUAUAUUCAGAGUUGGCUGUUUGGGCAGACGUCUAACUUGAGGGACACACUCCAUCUGAAAUUAGAAAAGCUGCUGUCUUGUCAUUCUCUGCUUGAGUAUGAAAGCUUCCAAGGUUUACUGUGAUGAGUUAAGAUUCGACCCAGAGUGAGUAACACAUGGUGAAUUUGUUUCUAGCCUCAUGGCAGGAGACACAUCUGACCUUACAUCCACUUGUAGAUAGAAGUGAGUCUUGAAGAGGAAACGCGACACUGAAGUCAGUGAGAAUCUUGUAGCUAGUGAAGUGAGAAAUACAGUGUACAGACUGCAGCAUUAUACUGUACGUGUGGUGUGUUCGAGUCAUUGGAGAACUGUGGAAAAAAUGAUGUCAUCAACUUCACGAAUGUAAUCCAAGAACUGCUUGGGCUGCUUGGCUGGCAGAUCAGCGGCAAGGCAUCAAAAGCAGUGACAUCACAUCGAUCAGAGGUUACGUAAUAUUUCUUGUCCCGCUGUGGAUCAGAUCUUUCUGCCCGGUCCAUGACAGGGAGGUCAUGAAAAUCCAGGGAAGACCAGCUGGAAGGGUAAAGAAAACAAAAACAAGGACCACUCAAAGACCUUUGACUCUUAAGUCCCACAAUUAAUUUAUUCAUGUGUAGAUGAGACACUGCAUUUAUUUAUUGUUUGUAUUUAUUUAUUGGGCAGCUGAAUAUCGCCUGCUGUGCACACGCAUAGUUUGGCUUACAGUUUGUUUUUUUGGACGAUGCUGUUGACAGUUUGUGGUUUUUAUUGCUAUCAUGAGGAGGGAAAGGAAACAGAAGGAAGAGAAAUCUUAUGAUUGGACUUUUUGGACUACUGUGCCUUUUUUUACCAAAUAGGAUGUGUUCAAGAAAAGCAUUUGGUGCUUUCGGUGCAUUCAUUACUGUGUUUGGAUUGUUUGCUUUUAUUCCAGAAAACCAGUACACAUUCAAUCACCAACGCCUACAUGUAGUCAUUCUCAUCUCGCUUCACACAGCAACAAAACCAACAGCAUCAUCAUCAUCAACUAUCUACUGCUUAAAAACAGUCGUCCAGCUCCACCUACAUCUCCAACUUUUACACACACCAACAGCAGUGGCUACUAUUUGUCAUGAAGUGUAUUUAAAGUGUUACCUUCCUUUUUGGCGCUUUUGUUUUGGUUCUGAUCAACAGAGGAACAGAUUAAACUGCACUUAUAGCUGGUGCUCUUGAAAACUUGAAAAAAACAAACAAACAGAAACUCUAAAUGUAAGGGAGGAAAUCUUUAUUUGCACCACCCUCUACUGCUGCUAUUCUUCUAAUUCCACUUCUAAUUUAGAUGUUUGAUAGGAGGCGCUCUCUCUUUAUUUGGAAAUCUGCUCACAAUAUUCUUCUAAUGGCGAUGUGAUUGGAUUUGCCUAUAUUGCAAAAAGUAUUGUAAAUAUCUAGACUAAAAUAUUUUUAAAUUGGUGUGAGUGGUUCAUACACUACACAAAUAUAGAGGGGAGGGAAAGAUAUAUUCACGUAUCAGACUCGUCCAAAAAAAAAGCACCCUGUCUGAUGCACAGCCACUGGCAGCCUCCAUGUUACUGCCCAUGUUUGUGGAGAAAGGAGUGCAUAAACCUUCAGUCACAGACCCAGAGUCCGACCCCAUCACGACGGUACAAUGUGCCAGUAGCUGAUCAGAGGCUGGGGGGGUGAUCUCCACCCGACUCCUGUUUUUAUACGGUUGUGGUAUGACAGAGAAAAAAAACAAAUUGCACUUUUCAUUGUUUGUCUUUUUUUCACGUAUGUUUUCUACUCGCAGUGACCGCUGCUGAUUGGUCAGAAAUAACAUGUCUUGUUUAUUUCAGCUGCCUUUUCUCUCUUCUUAAAUUGUAAAAGCUGACGGUAGUCGCCCCCCCCUACACACACCUUCCUCGACUCCCCUCCCCCACUCUGCUGCAUUCGUCUGCCCUUGCCCUCUCUCCUUCAUCUCCCUCAAUCCCGUUAG